AUGCCACUUUUUGGCUGGAUGAAAUGGCCAAAGAACGACUCCUACAAACCCACAGGCUACCCUGGCUCAGACAUAGUGACAAAGACUCUCCUUCGGGAAUUAAAAUGGCACCUAAAGGAGCGGGAGAGAUUAAUACAAGAGAUUGAAAAUGAACAGAAAGUGAAAAGAACAGGUGUGGAUUACAACUGGCUCAGAAACUGCCAGAACCCCCACAUGACUAUCCCAGCAACUGAACAAAGACAACUGGAAGCUCUUUGCUCACAAGUUCAACUUUGCCAAACUGGAAUGAUUCUCAGCAGAUUUCGAGAAGUUUUGGCAGAAAAUGAUGUACUGCCAUGGGAGAUAGUCUACAUCUUCAAGCAAGUUCUGAAAGACUUCUUAAGCAGCACAGACGGGGGGAGUGAGCAGCAGGCCUCAGGGGGUGCCCAGAGCACAGGCUGUCGUGCUUCUUCUGCGGCCCCCAGAGAAAGCCCCGUGAGUGCAGGCAAAGAUGAAAUACCCACCAUUUCAAGUUACGUGGACAAAAACACAAAGAACAGGUUCCCAAUGCUAUCACACAGAAUAUGGAACCUGCCAUAUUAUCAUCCAUCAAGUUAA